UAGUCUGAGACCUCAUCUCAGACAGUAAAACGAUACCAAAUUAGCUUUAAUUCUACAUUUAAAAAGUGUAGUAACAAUAACAAGACAGAACAAAAACAACCACGUGUAAAGAAGAAUGAAGAAAAUUCUCCUUAUGUGCAUUUUUCUAACCGUAUAUGGUCAUGAGAAGAUUAUUCGACUUCUUCUUAUCGGAAAAACUGGUGUAGGAAAAAGCACGACUGGGAAUAUCAUCCUUGGAAGGAACGUAUUUAAAACUGGAACAUCUCCGAAUUCAGUCACAAAAGUGUCCCAAGCAAACGAGACAAGUAAUCAUGAGAAACAAAUAGUGACUGUUAUUGACACACCUGGCUUUUUUGACACAACAAAAAAAUUAACUGAAAUCGAAGAUGAUAUCACGCGGGCAUUCAUGCUUGGCUAUCCAGGAUUCCACGCUAUUCUUUUUAUAAUUAAAAUUGGUAGGAUUAUAGAGUUUGAAGAACAGUUUAUUGAUUUUUUUAAGCAAAGAUAUGGAGAAAGCAUAUUUAAUUACAUCAUAAUUGUUUUCACGGGAAAGGAUGAUCUUGACUCUGAAAAAAAGACCAUUGAUGCGUACGUUCAUGAAAUUGAUAGUCAUUCUAAACUAGCUGAUUUUAUUCAAAAAACAAGGGGUAGAUAUAUUGCGAUUGGUCGCCCAAAUCCGUCAGCAGACCAUAACUUCAAUGAAAAGCUUUUUGAAAUGAUUAAUAAUAUGGUCGAGGAAAAUAACAGAAAAGAAAGCCCAAUUUACACCCACCAGUUAUUCGAAUUAAGCAGGAAGCUUAGCGAUGAAGAAAAGCAGAAAACACAACUAGAAAUGAAAAAUGCUGAUCUUACAAUGAAAAAUUCAGAAUUAAAGAAACUUGAAAAGGACAAGCUAGAAGAAAUGUCCACUAACUGA